AUGAGACCCGAGGAUGAGGCAGGUGUCAACAGAGUUUUGGAUACGCUACAGAUCCCUCGCGGGCUAGCGAAGAAAAGGGAAACGAGCGCAGCCAAUGAGAUAAUCUCUCUUCCGCAAAAAGCUGUUGCGCAUUCACCAGCGCAUAGCAGCCCCUCAGCUGUGCCAGACGCAAAUGAGCGUCCCCCGGAGAUUCCUACACCGCCACAGAAUGCGUUAUCUAACCAAAAGCUCGUUCCUUCGGCUGAGAAAGGCCGAGAAACAAUAAAUUCGUUCGGGGUCAAUUCGAUUCCUACCAGCCAUUAUGUUCCUGCGAAUUGGGGGUUUACACUUCCAACGGCGGAGAGCUUGGACACGAUCUACGCCAAUCUAAAUGAUGGCACCAGUCUUUCGCAGGAAAACAGUCUUAGUCCGGAAAGUCUGCAGUUGACCCCGGAUAUGCAGCAACAGCCCGGAGAGCUGCUCAGGCAAGCGCGUUACGAUAGAGAGUGUGAAUCAGACAGCGGUGACGAAGAUGAGGCGGAGAAAGACGUUAUCGAGCAAAUUUCGAAUCGCAUUGGUACUCUAAAGAUCGCGGGCGAUGGCCACUUACGCUUUUACGGAGCGACGUCGAACCUCAAUCUAGUGGAUGUUUCUGCGACCCAACAACGCCAACGUCCUGAUGCGCGCACAGUCCGACAUGAUGGACAGGAUAUACUGAACCAUUUACGGGUUGGACAGCCCGUUGACCAAGCACUUGAAGACCAUCUUGUGGAGCUGUAUUUCACCUGGCAGAAUACAAGCACUUAUGUGGUCGACAAAGAUAUGUAUAUGAUCGCUAGAUCGAAGUGGAGGAAUGAGUAUGAUGACACGCCUUUCUAUUCGGAAGUUCUUACGAAUGCGAUGUAUGUUUCAUGCUAG